AUGGGGCUCCUGCAAAGGGCCCUGGCGCAGGAUGGGCAGCAGCUGCCUUCAAGGAAAACCCAGGAAAUAAGCCAUAUUAACUCGGAUAUGCGACCUCAUGGUCGGAACGAGGAAGGCUGUCGAACAAGCUCCACGAGUACCACGGGCUACUUUGCUCACAAUUGUCUCUGGAUGAGCGAAAUCGUCUUGAAUGUGGUCAUCUAUGGUCACAUCCACACGGCCGGCCUUCGGUCUGCAUUCAGCGCACAAGAAGCAAACCACGGGACUUCGAGCGGGGUCCCCAACGACUCCUCCAAUCCAUUGUCCAUCUCGAACUUGAUCACCUUUCACAAACCGUGGAGGCGCCCUGGGACGUCUGAAUCCCCUAGGUCGUACCACGCUUCACUGGCGAUAACGCCCUGCACUGAUCUUUUGAAAUGGGCUCAUGUGACCUACGCUCACGACUAUUCUAUGCGGCCGUCUUUGCCCCAGGUGCAACCUGCCCGAUGUCUACUAGUACUUCAACAUCCAUCGCUCGGACUAGGACAAAAAUAUCCAGAACCUCCAAAGGACGUACUCCGACAGGUCAUCGGACUCUUGGUGACCCUCUUCUAA